GAGAGAGAGAGAGAGAGAGAGAACUCAAGCAGUCUCAGAUCUUGGCUGUGGCGAGGACGCCCAGUAGAAGUGCAUUCACGAGGCAGCAAGAAGAGCAGAAGGCGCAAGACGGAGCCGAGCAGAAGUCACGACACUCUUUAAACCUCCUCCUGUGACCACAUCUGACUGCCUAUGACCUCCGCUGGACUCGGCACACUCCUCCACACACACACACACACACACUGACACACACACACAUAAGCCACUUGCUGCCUCGCACACCAGCUGCACAACCGGCUCUGCUGCUCUGUCAGAAGUAAAGGAUUUCCCCGAGUGAGGGCGAGAAUAAAAACAGACGGAGGAAAUUAAAGUCACAGAAGAGAAGGAUAAGAUCCUCUCACUAGAGCCAGUGCCAUGCAGUGUUGACCUGAGUCAAGUCCAGCUGAAGUGAUCUGCUCUGAAGACCUUCUUCUCAUUUUACCCACCCUGCCCGGUCCCAGAUGGAGCUCAAAGUGUGGGUGGACGGAGUGGUGCGGGUGGUGUGCGGCCUAUCUGAGGAGACGUCCUGCCAGGAUGUGGUCAUUGCUUUGGCACAGGCCAUUGGUCAGACCGGUCGUUAUGUUCUGAUCCAGCGUCUUAGGGACACCGAGAGGCAGCUGCUGGCCACAGAGAAGCCUCUGGAGUCUCUGGCCAAGUUAGGUCAACAUGGCAGCGAAGUUCAAUUCUUUCUGCGGCGGACUGGCCCGAGCAGCAGUGACGGACCUGGCUCGAAACCAGACAGAGCAACUCCCCUUCCGUUGCCCAUGCUUUCUGAGCCAGAGCCUUUGAAACGCAGCCAGCCUAAAAAAGCACUCACCUUUAACCUGGGACCAUCCACCUCCCCUAGAACCAAAUCCAAUCAGUAUAAGAGGUCUCCUCGGGACUCUCCAGAACAGAGAGCCUCUCCAUCCCCUUCUCCCAGCCCUGUUUCCCCUCAGGUUCCGUCUCCCUCUCCUUCACCACCUAUAGGCCCAUCCAAAGAGGAGGUCUUUAGGAAAGUUCUUCAGCAACAGGAGAGACUAAGGGCCGUUGAGGCUCAGCUAGAAGCCCUAGAAAUAGACUCACAUACCUGGGAUCGUCCCAACCCAUCUCCCUGUCCUUCACCAGUGUCUGAGGCUCGUCUGCAAGAAGAGGUGGACACACUCGAGCAAGUGAUGCGAAAGAACCAGGCCGAGCUUGCCCACGAGCAGUACUGGGAGGAGGAGCUCCAAGCAGAGGUAGAGAAAGAGCGAGGGAUGAGGCGGAAGCUGGGGGAGCUCCACGCUAAGCUAGACGACUGCGGACGACGGCUCCACGAAUUCUCGGUGCGUUCUGCCCAGCUCGAGCAAGAUAUUCAGCGGGAAAGCCAGACGGAAGCGACGGCCAACAGGCCUGAGGAGUCUCUCGACGUUGUGAAGUCAGAGCUCCAGAGCCAGGAGUGGCAGGGGUCGGAGCUGGAGGAGCGGCUCUCUGAGACUGACAAGACUCUGGGGAAGGCCGCCUCUCUGCUGCAGGCCAAACAGGAGGAGCUGGAGGAGUUGAACAAGGAGCUGAGGCAGUGUAACCUGCAGCAGUUUAUUCAGCAGGCAGGUGUCCUGCCCGCGCACACCCACUCACGCACAGAGCUCCAGGAGCAACUGGAGCAGUUGGAGCUCGCACAUCUUCUGCAUGAUGGAUACCGGAAUGGAAGCCGCAGUGCAACUCCAGUGGAUUCACCACCUCGCCCCACUGCCAAACAGUUCCUAGGACAUCCACGCAACCUGCAAAACCCUCUAGUGUCCAGUCUCAACCCUGAGGUCCUGACAUCCCGAGAGUCGUCAUGGAGAUAAAACACGGACGGCAGGGCCAAGGGAAACUUGUUCACUGUUGUGUCACCAUCACCUCUUAUUUCCCCCCCCCCCUCUUUGUAACUCCUGUCAUUAUUCAAUCUACCAUGGAUAUACAUACUGUAUAAACAUAAGACAAAUAUAUUUCCAGAGUUUCUUUUUCUACUCUAAACACUGCAAUGUAUCUGUAUGAAAUGUAAAAUAAUUUAGAAACCUUUUAUCUAGAGAAAUUAUUCCGAUGACUAUGUAUUUAAAUAUAAUAAAAAUGUGUAUUGUGUUUUA